AUGACUGAAAAAUAUAUUGGUGUUUAUCUUUUCUCCCUCUGUUUUUUUUUUUUUUUUUGUGUGUGUGUGUUGUGUGUGUUGUUGUUGUUUUGCUCCUUCCGAAUCUUCCGUGCUUCAUUCACUUGGAAUCCUCUUCAUUUCCCGCUUGGCAACGCCGAAGGGGAAGAGUGGCCAAAUGGAACCUGCGACAAGGCCUCUGACAGCUCGGUAGUAAUGGUGUUGCUGCUUGUACUCUUUCAUUUCCUCUUCUCUUUCUUUUCUUUUGUUGUUGUCUCUUUGCGUCCGCCGGGGGACGCGUGUUCCUUCCGCCUCCCCCUCAAUGAGACGGACAAAAAAAAGAAAAGAAGGAGAAUUCCGAGAAGGAAGCGCAGCGGGAGCAUGUCUUCUUUUGACAGAAUCCAUGAGAAGACGGCGCCGAGCCUUGAACUUCUUCGUGCCCAACUUCAACACAUGCGGUCGUUUGAUCCACACACCGCCAUUUCUGUCCCCUGCCACUUGGGACAACGCGGCAUCCCCGCGUCGGAGUCUGGUGAAGUUUCUGCAUUUUCACCUCCGCUUUCAUCGGUGCGUGACGCGUUUUCGAUGUCUCAAGAGAAGUGGGAUGCGAAUGAUUGCAUGCUACAACAAUUGGAUUCACGUUUAAGACUCUACCAAGAGAACGGCGCGAAGAAGCGCGGGGAUUUGGUGAUCGCCAUGGACAAGGCACACACAGAAAUGGAACAGUUGCAGAAUUAUGCUGCGCAGUUUUGGUCAGAUAUGGAGGAAAAUCUAAAACUGCUGCGACAAUUGCUUGCAGACAGCAAGAACAUGGCUGAGGAUACUCCUGGCCGUCCUGAGGCACGAAUCACAAAGAUAAUUCGAGGUCUCGGAGAUGAAUCUUAUUAUUGUGCUGACAACCGUGACGAGGAUGGAUGUCUCAUGUCUCGCUUGGAGGAAAUGCGAAGGACACAAGAUGUGAUUCGUCAGCAGCUAGAAGAGUCGUCUGCUUCAGGGACCCCAUCAUCCGUUGCGGCAGCAGUGGAAAGGAUCCAAGCUGAACUGCAGAAGGAACGUGAUGAGGCAGACGCGCAGCUUUCUGCUCUGAAGGAGUCAUUUGUUAUCGUUGUUCAAAAAACAUUAGAUGAGUUGGAGGUAUUGCGACGCGAUCGUCUAGAAACGGAGGCAUUGUGUGUGCGAAUCCUCAGCUGA